UGUCAAUCUAAUCUGUAUUCUGUCAACAACAAUAUUUAUUUUGAAAUUCCCAGAGUAAAAGUUAAGAAGUUUUUCAGGUUUUCUAGUAAAUAUAAACGAUUAUUUGGUGGAACAAUAUGCAAGUGUUGAUUACAGUGAUUAUUUUAGCUGUAAUACAUUAUAUAAAUCUAGUAGGUUCCAUUAAAACUAGCUUUAUUCGUCAACAUUUAGGAUCACGCACACCGUACAGGUUUCGAGCAAAUAAAAAUGAUUCAAGAAUAAAAUACCCCAGUUGCAAAGAUUCAAAAAUAUGGAUGGUUAUUCGUCAUGGCACCAGGCUGCCAAGCCGAAAAGAUUUAGAUGCUGUUGCAAAGCUAGUUGAUUUAAAGUAUGAAGUUUUAUUGCAACAUGAGUAUGGAAAAGGUCAAUUAACCAAUGAACAAAUAAAUCGCCUACAAGACUGGAAAGUAGAUAUUGAUCCAGACCAAGAUAGUUACCUGACAUUAGAAGGUCAAGAUGAAAUGAUAUUAAUGGCUGAGAGAAUGCAGAAGAGAUUCCCAAAUGCCAUUAAACAGAAGUAUAGUAAUAAGACAUUUUUAUUCCGCUACACAGCAACACAACGCGCGCAGCAGAGUGCAAGAUACUUCACGAAUGGCUUGUUUGAAAAGAAAGACGCUCAAGAUAUUAUAUUUGCACCUGCGACGCGAGUCGAUCCAGUUUUAAGGUUUUACAAACACUGUGACAGGUGGUUAUCGCAAGUAAAGAGAAAUCCUGAGACUUACAAGGAAACUAGACAGUUUGGUCAUAGUCGUGAAAUGAACAAGACACUGGAGUCCGUGUCUUAUAGACUGGGCCUCAGUAAAGUACUUAAAUUGGAAACUGUGGAGUUAAUGUACAAGUUCUGUGGCUACGAAACGUCAUGGGACAAGCAUCACAUAUCACCGUGGUGUUACGCCUUCGAUGAGGAUAGUAUACAGAUGUUUGAGUACUAUCACGAUCUGAAAGCGUAUUGGCUAGAUGGUUACGGACACGAGCUAUCGUAUCGCCAAGCCUGCAUGUCUAUAAAGAACAUGUUCGAGUUUUUUGACAAAGCUGACGGGUACCAGUCAAUCUUCAUGUUCAGUCACUCUGGUACCAUUCUGAAGAUCUUGACGCAUAUGAAGCUCUACCAACCAGCGUCUCCACUCCGAGGGGACGCUAUUGUCAAGGAUAGACCAUGGAAACUCUCCGAGAUUGACUGCUUCGCCGCUAAUUUAGCAUUUGUGCUGUUCAAAUGCAAAGACGGUGACCACGUUUUAGCUCUACACCAAGAAAAAAUAAUCAAGUUACCUAUGUGUAAACAUGAGCUAUGCCCACUGAAACACUUGAAGCAGUAUUUCCACGAUAGCAUAUACAAGUGCGAUUAUUCAGACAUGUGUAGUCUGCAACCGAAUAGAACAAACAACAAGGAAGAUUAAAUACGAAUUUUAAUAAAAAUCGGAAAUCUACAU